AUAAUGGCCGGACCGGUACAAGUGGCGCUAUCCUGGCGCCGCCUGCUUCAGCAGCUGAAAGCUCGGCAGUCAUCACUAGCGCCAGCGCCUCUAUGGAGCCACCAAAGAAACGCAAAUUCUUUUCAGAUAAUCUGGAGAAGGGCGUUUCUGUGGGCCAUGGCGUGGCACUAGAUCAUGUCCAGUUUGAAGCUAGUGUUCCUAGUAAACAGGACAUUCCUGUUUUCUCAGCAGGGCUACUCGAACAGCAGAAUAUAGUGAACAGCAGUGUUGGUGGAGGGGAGGUUACAGCUGCACGGAGAAACAGGAGAAAAUACAGUGUGGAUUUCAAGGUUUCUGUUCUGAACGGGUACUACAAUGACCCUGAGACGAGAUACAACCAAAGAAAAACCGCAAUAAAGUACGGGAUCAACAGACGACAGAUACAGAAAUGGUUAGCUCAAGAACCGUCCCUUAGAGGACAGUCAGAGGAACCACAUCUGUCAAUCCAACUGCCACAGCAGCUGUCAGCCCAACUGUCGCAGCUGUCACCUCAUAAACGACUGAAGGCAGACGACAGUUGUUCAGAGAAAGAUCGGGACGAAUAUAUCCCAGGAGCUCUGAUCAUUCUGGAACCGGAGACAAGAAUUAAAACCGAGGAUGAGUUCUCACCUGGGUCGGAGAAUAGGUUCUCCAGGUCAGAGGUUAUGCUCUCAAGAUCGGAGGACAGAUUUUCGAAGUCGGCGGACCGGUUUACAAGGUUGGAGGACAGAUUUCCACGGUCAGAGGACAGAUUCCCACAGCCGGAAGAUAGGUUCCCAAGGACCGAGGACAGAUUCCCACGGACCGAGAACAGGUUCCCACUGUCGGAGGACAGAUUCUCAAGGUUUAACAUGAGACCUGAGGUUCAGGAUGAGAAGGAUGAUGAGGAGGAGAUUAAACCUAUAAACCUGAGCAGGGGGAGUAAUCAACCUAGACAGAUUGAGGCUGAGGUUGAAGAUCAAAGCAUGUUGAACGUGAGCAUAACGAGGACUCAUCCUGACCCUCUCUCUACCCACAUCCUCGACACAACCACAGGGUUGCCGGCCAGGGAGGUCGAGGUCUCCCUCUUCAGGAUGGGCGGGGCAGGAGGGGGCGGGCCCAACUCUUCAUGGAUGCAGAUAAAUACCAAGUCGACUAAUGAGGACGGACGGAGCUCCGGGUUUCUCAGCUGGGAGAAUUUCCAUCCUGGAACCUACAAGAUGUUUUUCAAUACUGGAGCUUACUUUGCCAAAACCAACACUCAAUCUUUUUAUCCCUUUGUUGAGGUCGUAUUCGAAAUCCGUGAUCCUUCAGCGCAUUAUCAUAUUCCUCUUCUCCUGAAUCCCUUUAGCUACACAACAUACAGGGGAUCCUAAAAUCUACACUGCACAAUUGUAAUUCAGGGAUCUAGUGAAUCAACUUGGGACUAGUAUAUAUAUACGUGUUUCAGAGAGUCCUUCUGAAUCAUGGGAGUGUUUAGUGACGAAUGUAAAUUCCUAGUUCACCAUGCAAUUUUUUACAUAAGGAUAUGUGACUGUUUUUCUUAUUGCAAAUAAUUGUCUAAAUUUUGAAAGAAGAAAGAAAAUUUGUAAUCACUGUUUGAUGCAAACCUCUUUAAUUUUGGAACUCCCUGUCUCCUUAAUCGUGUGCUAGGAGCAUGUUUAUUAACCAGCCCUGUAAAGUAAAUCCAUGGAAGGAUUUUCUAUAUACUAGUAUGAGCUUAAAGGGUUCUAAUAUCCUAAUCUAUUGUGAAGAAUAUUUACACACUAUAUAUAAAUUAUAUCUAUAUCAACAAUGUUUUCCAAAUUUCUUAAAUAAACGUUAAAACUAAA